AUGUCGCGAGGUAAAACCGAGGAAGCCCGAAAAUCUAUUGUCUACUAUCAUGGCAUCACCGAGUCUGCAGCACAACCACUGCUAGCUGCAAUGGAGAAUACCGGUGGCAAAGGAGAGAAGCCAGUGGGCUUCUUUCAAAUUUUCACGGACAAGAAAUGGCUUUGUGGUUUUCUUGUCGGUGUUGGAAUCAUGUCUGGCACGAUCCUUUGCGGUGUUGCAGCUGUCAACGCUUUUGCCUUCGAGAUUCUGAUGAACGUAGGUCUCAAUGCUUUGGAAGCUUCGCUAGGCAACAUGGUGAUCUGUGUUAUGGCCGUUGCAGUAAACAGAAACUGGAUAGGUCAUUCGUACUCCUUCCUAUUGUCUUUCCACAAGGAUUUCGGAGUAGCAAAAGAAAAUUCGUAA